CUCCCUUCAGUGUGCAGUUCUGAGCCGGAGAACAUCCAGGCGGUGCCGCACAACCUGAGCAGCCUGCUGGUGACGUGGGAACGUCCGAGGGCCGUGUAUGACGCCAGCAUCGAGAAAUACUCCGUCAGCUACCGCCUGGACAACACUCUGAACGCAGCGCCCUUCAUAUACCUGACUGACGGAGACCAGGACGUGGGGGCGAUAGUGGGCGACCUGCUAGCGAACACCAGCUACGUGGUGCAGGUGGUGGCGAUGUGCACCAACGGUCUGUUCGGACGUGUGAGCGACACGCUGACCGUCUCCAUGCCCGUAGACGACCCCGAAAAUGAAAUGGAUCCGGAUUUAAAUGAAUUUGACGAAGAGGGCAUCUACGAACCCGAUCUGUCUUGGAAUGAACCUAUCCCAACUGAGGAUUACAAUCUGGCCUGGAUUCCUACAAACCCCCCAAAGACCACGACUUCUCCAUCUCCUGUUUUACCUCUCCCUGGCAUCAGAACCACGACAGCAGAAACUGGUCGGAGGAGAACCACAACUGAUCCCACGGUCAGAUCCACUUCGCAUGGUCGAGUCCUAAUCAAGUCUGAAGAGAACAUACAUCGCAGUACCACCACAAGUCCAUUAGAGAUCACAUCACCCCCGAAAACCAGGGGAAGUGCUGACUUUAGUGGCAAUGCUCCCUUUUACUCCACCAAGGAAACCUUAAUUGCCACCUCCACUACUCCGUUGUACCCCAAUGCAAACACGAAUGGUGCUCUAGAAGGCAUCAGUCCAAAAGAAUCCAAAAUAGUUGUUAGUACCACUACUCCUACACCCACAAGUGCAAAGACAAAAGGUGGUAAAGAUCAUUCUUCAUUCAGCUCCACCACGACCACACUGAGUUCUCGUACCCGUGACAUGAGCAGCACAACGUCAUCGUCCUUCGUCAGGGUCAAGAUCAACCAAGGCCUGGGGCAUCCCAUAAAUGAAGAAACCACCACCAUGUCUGCUGGACCCGGAAGUCUUCCAGAGAUCAAAACGUCAACUUCUCGACCUUCCUCUUCCGGUGAAGCUGUUCCAAGUAGGACCACAAGUCAUGGAAUGCCUCAUUUUUCAUCUACGACAACCUCUGUGGGGUUGGGUGGCGUUCUCUUGCAGACCACACAGCCGAUGUCCACUGCCCCUGGCGUCAGGGAUUCCUGGUUCUCCGCAUCAGACGAGAACCCUCCCCUACAAACUUCUGCCCAAACUUCCUCGCCCUCAGCCUCCCCCUUCACCCCCACCCAAGAAAGACAGGCUUUAGACAUUAGCAGCAGUGCCUCCGGUUCGGCCCUGUUCCCCUACUCCCAGGAGGGCUUAGAUCAGGAGUGGGACAGGGUUCAAACCUCGGGAUCUGGAGACAGCGCGUUGACUUAUUCAAACAAAGUUACUAGCACCACAGCUCCGCCAACAACCUCUGGGUCCGGCCAGUCCUCAGGUGAUUCGGACGAUCGCUCCUCUGCGUUUUAUUUUGAUAGCGAGAGUGGCAGUGCUGUCACUACGGAGGUAGCAGGCUCAGCGACACCAACCGUUCCUGAUGUAACCUCCACGUCACCCUGGUCGCUGGGCAGGGAGGAGGAGAGCGGCUCAGGUCAGGGUGAAAGCCUGUACGACAACGAGACGUCCUCAGACUUCAGUAUCCCCGAGCACACAGAAAGAGAGUCCGAGAAGGAGGAGCCAGUCGCAGAAGCCAGUAACAGCAGCCAUGAGUCCAGAGUGGGUUCGGUCCGGGAGCGAGAGAGGAAAGCUGUGGUUCCUCUGGCCGUCAUCUCCACCCUGACCGGCCUGGGGCUCAUCGUGCUCGUCGGGAUCCUCGUCUACUGGAGGUCUGUACUGCUGUGCAUGCU